GACGGCUGAGGUAAUAUCUCGAACCGCAAAUAUAUCAUCUCCUUUCUCCGAACCCCACUCUCCCUCCCACUUCAACCCCCUUCUCUACGCCCGAUUCUCUCAGCAUUUUGAUGCAGGAUAACCUCUGGAGCUGGGGUUUAGAUUUAAAGUUUGUUUCUUAGUAAUUAUUGAAGAAGAUGUCGAGUGGGAGAUAUACACACUGGUGCUACCAAUGCAGGCAGCCAGUUAAGCCUCGAGGAUCUAAUAUUCUUUGCCCAUACUGCCAUGGAGGCUUUGUGCAAGAGCUGAAUGAGGUGGUAGGGGGUGGAGAACAACGGGGUCAUAUUGGAUCAAACAUUGAGGAUGAUCAUCACUCUAGGUUUAUGGAACCUUUCCCCGACCCAAGAUUUGGGAUAGUGGAUGCCCUUGAAGCGUUUAUGAGGCAGAGAAUGGCUGGAAGAAACUCCAGUUAUGAUAUUAGGUCGAGAUCUGGCAUGAUGCCAGAGAACAAUAUGUCUUUUGGUUCUGGCCCAUGGGUGAUAUUUCAUGGCCAAUCUCCUGUUCGUAUGACACCUGAUGAUGCUUUUGAGUACUUUUUCAAUGGCAGUUCUAGAAUGGGGGGGCAGCGGCGAACUAAUUUUGAUGAUUUCUUUAUGGGACCUGGACUGCAACAAUUGAUUGAGCAGCUUAGUAUGAAUGGCAGGCAGGGCCCACCACCAGCGCCUCGCUCUGCAAUUGAUGCCAUGCCCACCAUCAGGAUUACUGAGAGGCAUCUCAAUACUGAUUCACACUGCCCGGUUUGUCAAGAUACGUUUGAAUUGGGGUCUGAAGCAAGGCAGAUGCCAUGCAACCACAUUUACCAUUCUGAUUGUAUCGUGCCAUGGUUGGUCCAGCACAACUCCUGCCCUGUUUGCCGCCUCGAGCUUCCAUCAAAUGUUUCUGCGAGAGGGCGUUCCAAUUGGACUUCGAGAUCAAGUAACGCCAGCAAUGGCAACAACGGUAGCGGUAGCAGCAACAGCAACAGCAGCACCGACAGCAAUGGCCAGAACCAGGGAAGAAGAAAUCCUUUCUCGUUCCUAUGGCCUUUCCGCUCAUCUAACCAGAACUCUAGUAGCUCUGCAGCAGCAUACGAGGACAACAACGGGACAAAUUACUAUCACUACUGAUUUUUCUUCACCGCGUUUCUCAUCAUGUUACAUUGCCUCUGAGAGGAGCUCAAUCUGGAUUCUGGGCCCCCCUUGGACUGGAAGUGAAUCUGAAAAAACAAAUGAUCUUGUGUACUUAAACAGAAUGUUCAAAAGUAUAGAAUAUCACAAGUAUGCAUGUAGAGGCCAUGUAAAUGUUUUCAAUUAUCCUUUCAAGUAUUUUCAAAAUGUAUGUGACAGGCUUGGUGCUUUUGCAGUAUUAUAUCUGUCUCUGUAUUCUUCUUUUCUCA